UUCGCGCCAAAGCCAACGUUUACAUUAAGAAUAAGGGUGGGUUCGCCCCCCUACACCUCGCCUGCCAGAACGGACAUAAUCAGACUUGUAGGGUCUUGCUCCUCGCUGGAUGUCGGCCCGAUAUCAAGAAUAACUAUGGUGACACACCCCUGCAUACAGCAGCUCGUUACGGGCACGCAGGGGUCACCCGAAUUCUUCUCUCUGCCAGAAUUAACGUCGGCGAGAUGAAUAAGAAUGGCGACACAGCACUGCACAUAGCCGCGGCCAUGGGAAGGCGGAAGCUCACCAGGAUUCUUCUGGAAUCUGCAGCUGAUCAGACUGUGAAGAAUAAGCAAAACGAGACCCCAGGAGACAUAGCGAGACGAAAGGAAUUCGACCAGAUUCUGGAGAUCCUGAAAAAUCCACCACCCAUAGUCACUGUGGAGGAAAGACUUCGCAUGGAACAGGAGCAGAAGAAGAGGGAAGCCAGAGAGGCCAAGGCGAAGGGUUCGAAGGGGGCCAAGGGGGGUGGGGGUGGCAAAGGUGACAAAAAGAGAGAGAAAACAAACGACAGUGGGACGUCCAGUAAGGACAGUAGUACGAGAGCCAAGGAGAAGAAAAAGCACAAAUCCGAGCACAAAGAGAAGCGAAAAGGGAGACAUGUAGAGUGGUCUCCUUAUGGCUGUCAGUUCUACCCUCCGGUCACUUCACAAGAGUUAGCUGCACCGAAUUUGGAUUCCCUUCCGAAGGACCCUCUCUCAACUGGCGAGCAGUAUUUCAUUGAUCUGGCUGGAAAUAUCAAAAAGGGACCCAUUGGUGUUGGGUACACAUGCUACUGUGCACCUUUCUUCAAACAUGUGGAGAACAAAUUGGAGAAAGAUAAGCUUGCCCUUAUGGACCAUAUAGAUGCUGCUAAUGAUAAACUUGAUGCAAAAAUCACCAAUUUAGAGCAUCGCACCAGGUCGCACAUUCAGUACCUCAGUGAUAAUGUUAAGCAGAAGUUGGCGGCAGAGAAAGAGGAAUGCCGUCAACGGGCAGAAAGAACAAGGUCAGCUAAGGAGGCAGAAUCUGAAGCUCGUCUCGCUCAGCUCCAGCAGUGGGUCGAGCGUCGCAUGGCCUCCCAGAAGAAUGCUGAUCCUAACCCUUCUUUUCCUAGAACAUAUGCAUUUAGAGGAUCGGUGAGACGAAAUAGGGAUCCUGUGACCGGUCUCUUCCCACUAACAAGGUCAAAAUCUGAAGAAGCCAUUUCUGGAUACCGUGAAGAAGGUGAUAGUGAUAGAGAAUCUGUUUACAAAGGGUUAAGAGUUUUGGACCACCCAACAUCUAUGUACAACAUACCACAGACUUUGCAAGAUGAGGGCGAUGCUGUUAUCUAUGAUUCACCAAAGCCUGUUGCAUCAGUAGUGCCAGGCACACUAUGCAGUACCUCAUUAGAUCAUCGUCAGUCAAGAAGCAUAUCUGUUGAUAGACAAAGCGUAGCGCUUGGAACCCGUGCUAGAGAAGUUCGCAGUCAUUCUGUUGAUGCUCACCAUGUUCUGAAUGAUUCAACUAAAAGCACAGAGAAGAUAACUGCAAAUAAGCUUAGAGGUAGUAGCCCCGGUUGGGUACCAACCAACAGAGACUUACUGAAUGAGUCUACUAGUAGUGAUGCAUCUGCUGGUCGUAGAGGAAGUAGAGGGAGUCAUGGUUUGAGUGCACCAUCUACUCAGGGGUCACCUAUGGUUGGUCGAAUGAAUCCUUAUUCCCCUGCGCAGCCAUCUCCACUCCUCCAGCGACCAGAACUUGAUAAACAGCCAGAAAAAGUAUUGAGUUCAAUGCAGUCUCCUAUGCAGCAAGCAGACUUAAAUGAAGCAGUAGUCAACCUCAGGGUCUCUCAGUCAUGUGCUGAGCAUGGCGCAAUACCAAAGACCAAUGGUCGUACGGAGGAAUUUGAUAAUCAGGUUCAUAAUGCCAGUAGUCAAGCCCCACGAUCAGAAUGGAGUGGGUACAGCCGUUAUGAUUACAGAAACACAAAUCCCUACAUGUAUGGUGACCUCAGAGGUCAGAAUCCUCUUGUACGACCUCAGCCAAUAGUCAGUGUACCCCCAGAACCAGAUAAUAAACCAGGUUAUGAAGCCUAUCCUAACUAUCCUACCACAGGAGAUGAAAUGCAUUUAUCUGAAGCUUUUCAUGGUCACCUAAUGCAUCCACAAGAAGAUUAUGAAGGUUCCAACUAUUUAGAUAUGGACAGAUACCGGAUUCAGCAAGCAGUAAGAAGAUUAUAUGAUGGAUACCUAGCAGAAGGACGUCUUGAAGGCAUGCGCACAGGAGGUAGGCCAACUUUGGAAUUAUCCAUGGAACAGGAUCCUCAUAAUGACUCCGGUUACUCAACCAGAAUGUGUACAGGAUCUCAAGGGCCAUCACCUGCUCUCUCAGGCGGCCAUGAAUUGUCUGGAGACACUGAACGUAAGAACGGCGCUGCUAUUGUUGCUGAAGCUCCCAGAGGCCCUGCAGAUAAUACGAAGACCUUGCCACAUUACCCUGAAAAGUCAGGGCCUUUCCCUCCAGUACCUCCCAGUAGAUACUCCAAUGGGCUACCUCCACCAGUUUUAUCAAAUCCAGCAGUUGGCAGGUUCUCAGCACCUCAUAUACCUGGGGAUACAGUUUUCAUUGGAGAAUCAUCACUAGUCUAAGUGUGUAUUUCAUUCUGGCAAGAAAACAAGAUUUUAUAGAUUUUACAGAGUACAGCAGAGGACUGGAGAACAAAAGUGUUGACUGAAUACCAAGUCUCAUGGAAGGACUUCAAAAUAUUCUCGCAUGAGACCAAGUUCAAUUUAUGCUCAUUUACUUUACCAAAGGUUUUUAUAGGUGCCGUACAAUAUUGGGGUUUGAUAAUACAAUAGUAUGUUACCUCUUGCUACAGUUUUGUAAAUUGAGGCUUGCUGUAUAUAUUGUUCCAUACUGUAAAUAAAAGAUUUUUAUAUGUUAAUAGUGUACAAAUGUUGUACAGUACAUGAGAUUGUUAAUAUUGAUACAUAUAUAAAAUCAGAAUAUUGUAUUGAAAUGGAUAUUUUUAAUGAAGUACUAUUUUUUCAAUUCUUGUAUAUAUAUACUCUAGAGUGGAAUACUACAAAUGUUUGAUAUCCAGUUGUCAGGAUUAUCACAGCACUCAACUUUAGCCAGAUUACUUUAUUCUUUAAUAAGCAUUAAAGUUCCUUGAAUUGCUAAUAUACCAGUACGUCGGACAACUCUCAUUGCUCUAUUAAAUUUGAAGUUCGUGUAUUACGCAUUAUGCUGAUAACAGCAAGUUACUCAUGACUAACCUAUCUUAAACUUUCCAAUACAAGUUCCUAGUCUGCUUAGCAAAAUACCAUAAUUUUCUUGAGACAUGUUUCCUGUUUCUUCCCUGCUUAUACUAACGGCAGGUUGCAAGCUAACAGUUAAUAAAUCAUUUGUUUAUGCUUAGCCUUGCAGUGCAAUGUAUUGCAAACUUAAGUAUGAUGCAUCUCUACUUUACUGCCUAUAGCCAGAUGAACCGUACUGCAUAUUUCAUAAGGGAUAAGCUUUCUUUUCUGUAAAAUACAGUAAUAUGAACCUCACAUGUGUUCACCAACAUUUUUUCCAAAUUAAGAUCUAAUCGACUAAUUAAACCUAUUUAAUUUGAUGGCAAAAAGUAACAACACUUCUUGCAUAUUAUAUACUACUAGAAAGAUCAGUUCAGGAGCAAUUUAAGGAAUCAAUGAAUAUCUUUUCAACUCAAAGGAACUUUUAAACCCAAAUGACUUUUGGUUUAGGUUUCUAUGUUCUGAGUAAUUUACUGAUAAAAACCCUGUACUAUUACUAAAUUUUGACCAAUAAAAUAUUAAACUUUUCUGCAUUCUCCAACUCUAAAAAUAACAUACUCCUGUCAUUUGGAAAUUUUCUAAAUUUUUUUGUUUACAUGUGAUCACAAGUCGAAAACAUUUAGCAUGCAAUAAAAAAAUACAUAUACAUAUACCAUAGUACUGUAAAGCAUAUGUGUAUGUAUAUACAAAUUAAACACUGUACAAGCUCUGUACUAAAUACAUGCAUACUAUGUACCUAAAUCCAGUCUAUAAUCUCUUUACAGAAGUGUAAAUAAAUAGUCAAAUCAAAUAAAUUCUUUACUGCUUCUU